AUGAUGGGCUCGCCAACCGGCGUCACAACCGCCUCUGACCUCACUCUCUAUGCCCUCUCUGAUCCCUUGGUCCUGGCUGGCCACUACUUUUUGGUGGUGCUGAAAGGCGCCGUGGAAGUGAACGGCACUGUGAUCGAGGCCUCGCUUCGCGAAAUCCCCGUCUCGUGUCCCCUGCCGCCGUUUUAUGCAAUCAAGCCAGCACGGAGCUUUGUCCAGGCGUCGUAUUUGGCCAACGAUUCGCACAGAGACGCCGCCACGGUUGUGGGGAUCAAGCCAAAUCCAUUAACAAAUUUUUCCAAGCUCGCGUCGCCGUUCAAAUCGCUUUUUCCAGAGCUCACGGUCGUAUCGGAUCGCCCAGAACUCCAGCCUUUCAAAUCGUGGAAAAGCCUCAGUUCUCAAAUCGACCACGGCCACAAAGUUGUUCUUUUGGGCCCGAAAAAUUCAGGAAAGUCUUCGCUGGGCCGCUAUUUGAUCAAUCAAAGGAUUGCUAAAAACCAGCACGUUUAUUACCUUGAUCUGGAUCCAGGACAGGGCGAAUUCACUCCUCCCGGUACUUUGGCGCUUUGCAAAGUGACCGACUUUGUCUUUGGACCUCCAUACAGUCACUGUGGGUUUGAUAAUGUCGUAAAAGCCCACUCUCUCGGCUAUGUUUCUCCCAUGGAUACUCCAGCCCGAUACCUCGAUAUCUUUCGGGACUUGUACGAUAAAUUCCUCAGUGUUGCUGAGAACGAAACAUUAAUUGUCAAUACGCCCGGGUGGACCAAGGGAUUGGGUCUCGAACUGAACUCUGACGUUUGUCUUUCGGUUACCCCGGACUUUUUGUGUCAUAUGGGUAACGAUGAGGGGUUCCAAGAUUUCACAGAGGCAACCAAAGAUGCCUGCGAUCACAUUGUUGCUGUCGAUGCAGUUGAUAUUGGGGAAAACGCUCCUCGUUUCUCGGCUGCUGAACUGCGAGUGGCCCAGUCAAUGGCCUAUUUCCACAAAACUAAUCAAGACCACUUGACCACCUGGAACCCUUACAAACUGCCCUAUGGUAAAGACGGAAUCUAUGCAUUGUCAGUACUCGAUAGCGAUGGCAUUGAUUUAGCUCAGGAUGCUCAGGUCUGCACAGAAGGCACAAUUGUUGCCAUAGCCGCCUGUGAUUCACCUCCUCCUAUCAGUGAUUUUAGUAUGGAUAUACCAUUUGUUACCUCGGAUGUGAGUAUGGAAUUACACAAGGUUUCGGAAUGUGUUGGAUAUGCAGUAAUCCAGUACAUGUCGCCCGAUUUUAUUCGUCUAUUGACCCCCCUAGACCCGGCUGUUAUUGGCAACCGGUCGGUUAUACUUGUACGCGGUCGUCUCAAACUGCCUAUUUGGGAGAUUUGGGACCAAACAUCGUCUUCACCCGCGCCAUGGUUGUCCUCGAGAGCCGCUGGCGGCCUUGGAGGAUCGCAGCUCAAGUUCCGCCGUAACCUACAACGUCGAUAA